AUGCGCAAUCUCGAGUCCGAGAAGGACGUCAAGCACCACACCGAGCACGUCGAGUCGGCCAGUCUCGGCCCCGACAAGGAGACCACACGCGACGUUGACGAGCAGUAUACGGAUGGGGACGAUGGAGUCCCAGUCACGGGUUGGCGCAAGCUUAUGCGGAAGAACCCAAGCUUGGACUUCAUGCGCGAGGUGGCCGAGGCGAACGCGCAGCCCCUUGACCCGGUCGAGGUCAAGAAGGUCGAGCGGAAGCUGUACUGGCUCAUCGUCCCUCCACUCUUCAUCGACUACGCGUUCUAUUACAUCGACAAGACCACCCUCCAAUACGCCGCCCUCUUCGAUAUGAAGACCGACCUCAAGCUCGUCGGUACCGACUACUCCAACCUCGGUUCCAUCUUUUACGUCGGCUGGCUCGUCUGGGCUAUCCCCGGAAACCUCCUCCUCGCCAAGUUCCCCCUGUCCAAAUACCUCGCCAUCAACAUCUUCCUCUGGGGUAUCUUCCUCAUGGCACAAGCUGGCGCCAAGGACUACGGGACAAUGGUCGCGCUUCGUUUCGUCUCGGGGAUGUUCGAGGCGGUAGCCGACCCAUGCUUCGUCUCGAUCACAUCGAUGUGGUUCACCAGGCGACAGCAGCCGACGGUCAUUGGUCUCUGGUACUGCGCAAAUGGAGUCGGUAUUGCCCUCGGUGGUCUGCUCGGGUAUGCUAUUGGACACAUUCCCACCUCUAGCAUGGCGUCAUGGCGUUACGAGUUCCUCAUCAUCGGUGCUGUCUGCUCCCUCUGGGCUAUCGCUAUGGCCGUCCUCAUCCCCGACGCGCCCUACGCUACCCGAUUCCUCACCCGGCGCGAGGCCGUCGUCUGCAUGUCCCGCAAGCGAGAUGACUACCACACGGUCGAGAAGCGCCAGCUCAAGAUGGACCAGGUCUGGGAGGCCAUCAAGGAUCUUAAGACAUACCUCUACUUCUUCCUUGGCUUCUUCGCCAACGUCCCCAACGGCGCUACAUCCAACUUUGGUACGCUCGUCGUCCAAGGUCUCGGCUUUGAUACUUUCCGCACGACGCUUCUCCAGGUUCCGUACGGAAUGUUCAUUGCCAUCAUGAUCCUGGUCGCCAUCUACAUCUCUCACCUCACCCACGCGUACAACAUCCGAACCUACCUUAUGGCCGGCGUCACCUGCCUCACUGUACUUGGCUUCGCUUUGAUGGCGUUCACCACCGGCACUGCUCCUCGCUUGAUCGGAUACUACCUGACCGGAUCGUCCAACGCCGUCUUUGUGCUCGCCCUCUCGCUUGUCUCUGGCAAUGUCGGAGGUACCACCAAGAAGGUCUUGACCACUGCUGCCAUCUUCCUCGGCGUCGCCGCAGGCAACAUCGUCGGCCCCUACAGCUUCAUCUCCUCCGAAGCACCCAUCUACCGUACCGGCACCAUCGUCUGCAUGGCCUCUCGCGCCGCCGAAGUCGUUGUCAUCCUCCUCCUCCGCCUCUGCUUCGUCCGCCCCAACAAGCAGCGCGACAAGCUCUUUGCUGAGGGUGACGAGCGGUACGACCCUAUGGGCCAGACGUACACCGACAUGACUGACAAGCAAAACACUCAUUGGCGAUAUGUCGGUGAGUCCUCAUCUUUUUCUUGGGCUCGGUGA